AUGGAUGAAUCUCGAUUUUCAUUGCCACUCUCCGUAGUAAAAGGCUCAAAUGGCAUGUUCUCAGAAGAAAAGAAAAACGCGUUCAACUUCAUAAUUACAAAGGAAGAAUUUUCGAUAACUUCUCUUCUCAAAUCUCUAACUUCCCUCUUCUUCCCUAAAUCCUCUCUUCUCGAUUUUGUUGGUUUUUAUCGAAGAGAAGUUGGGUUCUGUCGAAGAGAAGUUGUGGUCCCGAUUUUGUUGGUUUUUAUCGAAGAUAAGUUGGGUUCUGUCGAAGAGAAGUUGUGGUCCCGAUUUUGUUGGUUUUUAUCGAAGAGAAGUUGGGUUCUGUCGAAGAGAAGUUGUGGUCCCGAUUUUGUUGGUUUCUGUCAAACAACUGGGGAAAGGUCUGAAAACAUGGCUGUGGAAGAGAGAUUUACUGUGGUGUUGACAUAUGAAAACAAAACCGAUUCUUUAUAUAAUGUCCCUAUUGCAAGGUAUUCGUACAUAUCCUUGUUGUCUGAUGUUUAUAAGUUGUUUAACAUAGCUGCAUCAUUUGUUUCGUUUGUUACUGGUAGUGGGAUGAGUGUAGAAAAUGAUGAUGAUUUAAUGUUGGCUUUUGAGUUGUACAAACGUAGUCAUAAAUUGCCUUUGACUGUACACGUAAAGGGGGUCCCUCUGAACACUGAGAUGUCUGAUGAUGACGAUGAUGAUGAUGAUGUUUGUAUUAUUGGUGAGAGCAGUGAUACUGGUGAGGGUAGUAACCUUGGUGAGGGUGGUAAUACUGUUGAGGAUAUUAACCUUGAUGAUGCCUUAGGUAGAAAAACUCCCCCAUUAAAUAGGGAUGUGUCCACAAGAGGUAGGGGCAGGAGUGUACCAUUAAGAGGAAAGGGAGGAAGAAGCAGUUUUACUAGAGGUAGAGGGAUAAGACAGGAAAGUGUUAGUGAAAGUGGGCAGUUAGGGGGAGGGGCCAAUGAAUCACCACAAAUUGAUUCUGAAAGUGAUGUAUCAUUCAAUGAAAGUGAGGUUGGAGAUGAUUUACCUGAAGAAGUUAUAUUUGACAAUGAGAUUAGUACUGAGGAGUCAGAUGGGUUAUCAGGUUAUGCUAGUGACAAUGACAAAGAGGUUGAAGAUAGUGAGAAUGAGUCUUAUGAUCCAAAUAAUAGAAAGAAAAAAUAUAUUGAUCCUUAUCAUGGCAUGUAUGAUCAUCCCUACCAACACAAUGAAGGGGAAGAUAUUUUGUUUAAAGAGGGCCAAGUUUUUAAGGACAUUGUAACUUUGAGGAAUGCAAUGAGAGAUUAUGCUAUUAAGGGGGGAUAUGAUAUUACAAGAGUUAAAAAUGACUCUACUAGAUUAACAGCUAAGUGUUCCAGUACAGGAUGUCCCUGGAGGUUUCAUGCAUCAGUUUUGUCUGACCAAGUCACUUUCAUGGUUAAGACUCUACAUGAUGAGCACACAUGCAUAAGACCAUUAAGAAAUGAAAAUUCGAAUUCAAACACCAAGUGGAUAGUAGAAAAACUUAGGGAAAAGCUGAGGGCAGACCCUGACAUGAGUUAUGAACUCAUGCAGCAUGAGUUGAUGGGAAAAUGGGGUGUGGAAGUUCCUGUGUGGCAAUUAUAUAGAGCUAAGUGCAAGGCUAGAGAUGAGAAUAUGGGCAUGCAUUGUGAAAGUUUCCAAAAACUUAAGAAAUAUGUCCAUUAUUUGCAAACAUAUAACCCGGGUACAGUUGUAAAAAUUCAGCCAGCUCCAAGGGUUAAUGAAGAUGAUCCUUUUGUUUUUCAAAGAAUAUGGAUUAUGUUUGAUGCUAUAAAGUCUGGGUUUGAGAAUGGUUGUAGACCCUUUAUAGGAUUAGAUGGUUGCCACUUGAAGGGUCCAUAUGGAGGGAUUUUCCUAGUUGCAGUCAUACUGGAUGGAAAUAGAGGUGUGCUACCUCUUGCAUUUUCUAUAGUUGAAGCAGAAUGUGGUGAUAGCUGGACAUUUUUCCUAGAGAAUCUUUAUUCUUGCAUUGGUGGAGGAACUGAUGCUAGGCCUUUAACUAUUAUGUCAGAUAGGCAAAAGGGACUCAUUGAUGCUGUCAAAAAUAUAUUUCCCAAUGCAUCUCAUAGAGUUUGUUGCAGGCAUUUAUACAUGAAUUUCAAGAAAGAGUUCCCUGGACUGAUGCUCAGAGAUGAUUUUUGGAAUGCUGCAAAGAUCAAUGGACUAGACAUGCAUUCUGGCCUGAAGCUAAGUGUGACAAUUACACUAACAACAUGA